AAAGCCGUUGCAGUUUGUUCAUAGUGCCAUUGAAGUGAGUCAUCUUUAGGUAGUGUGGUGAAAAGGAAAAGAAAAAAAAACUUCGAAGUGUUCCGUGAACAGCAGAGAGCUCAGAGAGUGUGUGUAGUAGGCAAGCCGACGGAAAAUAUUCAGAAGGUUAGACAGGCAAUAGGCUUUAAAGCGAAUGUUAACCUGCGUGAGUCACUCUGUAACUACAGGUUCACUUGUCUCAACUGGAUUUGACUGCUGAAGGUGUGCCACUGACUUAAGGUUGAAGUUUGCGCACCUGAGAGGAUCUUUAACAGUGUAGUGUAGGUUUACCUGCGGCUCAAGAAUUAUUCAAGCACAAUAAGAAGUAGCCUUUUAAAAGCAACGCUAACAUACAAGAAAAUAUUUAUUCUAAUUUGCAAUAUCUGUAAGAUGUUUUAGGUUAGUUUAGAGGAGCAUUAUUGCACUUUGUCUUUGCCAACUCUUCUCUGGAUUUCCCAAAUUUACAACGUCUCGAGUCAGAGGAUUUUUCUGUUGGUGCCUUUUAUCUGCGAGGAUUUUUUUUUUUAAAAAAAGAGGUUUCAGAGUUCAAACAGUCUACUGAAAUCUUCCUCUUUCCUGGAUCAUGUACCAGGACUACUCCGGGAACUACGACACCUCGUCCCGCGGCAGCAGCACCUCUCCGGCCCAGCCAGAGUCCUUCACAAGCGGCAGCAGCACGAUCGGAAGUCCGAUCUCUACCUCAAGCUACCAGAAGUACAGGGUCGACAUGCCCGGCUCCAACAGUGCCUUCAUACCCACCAUCAAUGCAAUCACAACCAGCCAAGACCUACAGUGGAUGGUGCAGCCCACUGUCAUCACCUCCAUGUCAAACCCUUACUCCAGAUCCCACCCGUACGGCCAUCACCUGACCAACGGACCGGGGCUGCUGGCUCACAACACGCUGGCUCGGCCCGGGGUCAUCCGCUCCAUCGGGGAUGCCAGAGGCCGACGCAAGAGGGAUGAGCAGCUCACCCCGGAGGAAGAGGAAAAAAGGAGGGUGAGGCGUGAGAGGAAUAAGUUAGCCGCCGCCAAAUGCCGCAACCGCAGACGGGAGCUCACCGAGAUGCUGCAAGGGGAGACUGAGAAGCUGGAGGAGGAGAAAGCGGACCUGCAGAAGGAGAUUGAGAGCCUGCAGAAGGAGAAGGACAAGCUGGAGUUCAUGCUGGUUGCUCACAAUCCCGUGUGCAAGCUGCCCAUGGAGGAACGCCACCAGUCAUCGGGGCACCAGCAGCAGCAGCAGCAGUGUACUCCACUCCCCCUGACCAUGCGCCCCAACAUGGGCCCUCGGGCUCAGAUGAACCAGGUGGUGGUGAAGCAAGAGCCAGAGGACGACGAGGAGGGCGUGGGCAAGACUCAGCGCUCCGUCAUCAAGCCCAUCUGCCUGGGUGGCGGUGGUGUCGGCGGCGGGAUGUACUGCACAGAUGGAGACAGCCUGAACACACCGGUGGUGGCGGCAUCCACCCCAGCCGCCACACCCAACGCCCCAAGCCUCAUAUUCACCUACCCGAGCAUGCUGGAGCCCGAGAGCCCCUCGCCCUCCUCCGAGUCCUGCUCCAAGGCCCACCGGCGCAGCAGCAGCAGCGGCGACCAGUCCUCAGACUCCCUCAACUCACCCACCCUCCUGGCCCUCUGAGCGAGGGCUCGGCUCGGCGCAGCUGAGAAAAACAAACACUGUGGCUGAAGGCAAGCGUGAGGAUCGACUGCGUGCACCCCCUCCCCGCCCCCUCCAGCGUCUUUUAAAGACCCAAGAGCACAUUCAAAAGUCCAGACCAAGCUGACCAUGUGAGCCGUUUCCCCUCCGCGGAGGGGAGACCCACAAGGGCUACGCCGUGUGUUUCUUCUUGUUCUGCUUCAGUGUAAAAUUUUUUACUUGUAAAAGUGUGUGCACCAAUCCUAAAACAAGUGUCAUCCCUUCGCCAUUUCAACUCGAGUGUCAACUUGUUUACUGGGCAGACAAUUCUGUAGAAAGACAUGCCUAAAUGUGGCAGUUGUGAGUUGGUGUGACUACAACUAAAGAGCGUGUUCUUAAUAUAUUUUUUUGAAUCUGUUUAAAAAGCCAUGCAGACACUUGCACUCCGCCAAGACGAAUCAAUAAUUCACUCAACGAGGUCAGCAUUUUACUGGAAUUUCUGAGGAGAGAAUGAGACUAUGAGCAAAGACUUCCUCUCGUCUUUUUUCCAUUUAGAUUUGUCCUUUCAUAACUUGGACCUUGAUUCAGGAAUUGCUACCAAGAGUGUGUACACAUUUCUGAUGUUAUUUCCAUCUCUUUAAUUGUAUUUAUGGACUGUGCUGAUUAAAUUUUACAAAGUGUUUUGUUGAGACAUUGUCCUCUCCUUAAUAUGCCUGUAGAAAAGCAAACUUGUCAUCCGCGGGGUGACUGCAAAGCACUCCUCAGCGUUGCAAACGAUACGAGCCAACUUUCAAUCAAUGACUAGUUCCUCAAUACUCUAUACCUUCUAUUUUGCCAUAGUGGCUUGACUUUACAGUAGUAUUGGUGUGCUUUUCCUCAGUGAUUCUGUACCUGAACUUUACAACCUGUUUAUGACAAAGUGUAUGUGAUUUACAUUGAUGUCAGGGAUAUCUCUCUGGUGUAGUAGAACCCCAUCGUGAAGAGCAUUGCAGGACCGCGGGCUGUCGAACGGUCUAGCCAAAGUGUUGGUACUAGAAGUGUAGGGACGAUAAACUUCAUCACUUCAUCGCGUCACAUCGAGAAAGGUUUUGUCUUUUCGCUCAGACUUAAAGGUUUGAGCAAAACCCUCCUCCACUGGAUUCCGUACUUCUUUGUUUCUUGCAUUCUCUAAAUAAAGGUCUUACCUUUUUCAACACUGCCUCUCAGGGCAGGUCAGGUUUCAAAAAGCCAAAAAGGUCUGUAUGACACAUGUAAUCCUGUAAUUCGUCCGUCUUUGUCUGAAAGGAGGGAUUUUGCUCAAAUUUGAAAAAAAGCCACUGUGGUCUAGACUGUCGCCAGCUGCCAAUGAUGUCAACCCUGUUUAUACUGUGUUUGUAAAUCUGUCACUUUUAGUAAAGAAAUGAUGUUUAAAUUCAACUCAGAUGUGCUGAUUUAUGGGUGUAUGAACAUAUGCCAACAUGGAGGUACUCGGCAAGAAACUUAGUGGAAGUCUUAUUGGCUUUAAACAAGGGCCAGACACGGGUCACUUUUUGACUAUAAGGAAGGGAUAAGAAGACUCUCUCUACAGCUGGCCUGAGAUGAAAGAGGGGACACCUUGGGAAGAUGUAAUAUUUCUGGAGUUCUAUGAAGCACUUCUUUUUUUUUUUGUUAUUUUUACAUGUGUAUCUUAAAGGGAUGAGGGAUUUCAAUACUGUGCACUGAGAAGGACACAACAGCGAUAUUUGGGUGAUUUUUUGGUUUACUUCAAACAUUCCUAAUGGGUAUAAUGUCAGGGGUUAAAGGGGGGUGUCAUCUUUGUUUGAACCCUUUUUGUUAUCAGAGGAGUAAAAGUUGUGGUUGGAAGACUUUUGUUGCGCUGGAUGCAGAAAACAGACUUUGAAAUUCAAUACAAGCUGCUGCUACUUGUUUGGAAAAACCAUGUCGGCUAUUUAUAUUUCACUGAUGUUGGGGUUUAACAUCACUGGCUAUAAUAUCAAGUGAUGCAUCAGGACACAUUUGAUCCUGUUUGACAACAUAAAGAGGUGAAAUGAUAACCAAAAACAUUACUGUGGGCAAGUCUGAUAUGUCUGUAUGUUGAAAUAUUCUGAAGCCCCUCGACACACAUAGGAAAGCCAUUGACUGUAGAUCUUCUACUGUACAUGUCAUCUACUGUCUGUCGCCUGUUUUCAACUUCUAUUACUUAUUUUCCAAAUGCUUUAACUGUUUAAAAUGAUUCAAAAUUAAUAAAAACAGCAAUAUGUAUAGCAGUGUUUGUUAAUUUAAAUGAAUAAUAAUAAAAAAUCAUUUUCGACUUGGAA